AUGUUGUCUGCGCUGUUCAAUUUCCAGAGCCUGCUGCUCGUCAUCCUCCUCCUCAUCUGCACGAGCGCCUACGUUCACAACCUAUUCCCGACAAUACUCGACCGCAACAAGCAAGGGUUGAUGGGCAUAUUCUGGAAGGCAGCACGGAUAGGCGAGCGACUGAGCCCAUACAUAAGUUUGUGCUGUGUAUUCAUGGCGGUCUCCAUGGUCGUUGGCACCUAA